AUGAACAUUGGAAACCCAAUUAUCAGCUUCGGAUCUUUGGUUCGACUAGCACAAAUAAAAGAACCGUUAGAAGGUAAGUGUUUGUUAAAUAACAGUUUUGGCUCAUUUAAAUAGCACACGCUUUUCUUAAAAGCAAAUUAAUCAGGAAGUCUAAUAAAAACAAAGGGUUUUAUUUGGCUCGCAAAUAAAACAUCAGUUCAGUUUUUAACUUAUACCUGACCGUGACAUUAGCAACCAUUAAUUUCUGGGUCCGUGUUCAAUUUUCAUUUAACACUAAAAAACGGGAGCUGAAUGGUCACAGGUCCAAAGGAGAAAAAGUGCUUACGUGUAUUCAAUGAGUUUGCAUCCGGCUUUGCAACCCGCAGUUUAUUCCGCGAGAAAUCGGCUUUUAUAUAUCAAGGUUAAAAAUAUCGCAAUUUCGUCAUUCCAAAUAAUGAUGACAAUUAUCUACAAUAAACCACUUGUUGCGGGUUUUUACAGGAAACGGAAAUGCGUAAUCUGUUGUGGUCACGUGACCCAGGUGUAACGAGCAUUUAAGUUUACUUCAAGGUGCCUUAGGUGGGACAGCCUGUUAAGUGAGUGCAUAAGCGCACCUGCGUUAAGUGGUAUGGCGCAGUUGUUUACCUUAAUGUUCUUAUUACUUCGUUUGGCUGGUAAGUUUGUCAAAGAUCUUUAUANCUGUUGUGGUCACGUGACCCAGGUGUAACGAGCAUUUAAGUUUACUUCAAGGUGCCUUAGGUGGGACAGCCUGUUAAGUGAGUGCAUAAGCGCACCUGCGUUAAGUGGUAUGGCGCAGUUGUUUACCUUAAUGUUCUUAUUACUUCGUUUGGCUGGUAAGUUUGUCAAAGAUCUUUAUAUAUCUUAGCUUAUUGCGACUGAUUUUCAAACUGGAGCCCCACUCACUACAAAUUUUAAAAGUUCGUUUCAUUCAGUGUCAAUUUAGUCAACAAGGAAAAAAAAGCAAGGAGAGAGAAACUUGGACAAGACAGCUGGAAAUAUUGUUUGACAAAGCUUUCUACGCCGCACAGCAUGAAUAAGAAUCCAGCCAAAAACAAUCCCUCGAGAAAACAAGGAUCUGUAAAGAAUUUCUGAUUUCUUUCAGGGCUGUACAGUUUUGUAACAAGCUUUUACAAAUUUGCCAAAACCCGAGUUGUGGAUAAUAAGAUCUCUGCAAUGCUCGGCACCUUCUUUCCACUAACUGUACAGCAAGUUGUUUUACUUUCCAGGGCAAUUUGUUCAUGAAAAUGAGAGAAACUGCGUUUACAGUGGGCUAAUUAUUUUUUUAUUUUCGUUAAUUAAGUAAAGUGGAGCAGAACGACAUUAGCCCCGUUUCAGAUUUGUCUCUCCUUUUUAACCUUUUAAGAAAAAAAUUCGUUUCCUUGUCUAGAUUUGAGCCAAUGGCAUAAAAAUAGGUAAUAACCAACAGCAAAAUUGGAAAUGUUGCCCGAACAAGCGUUCAAGUAAGUCACUAAGGAAGUUACAGUUGCAUAGCACCAAUACAAGGCAAUUUCUUUAAUAUCAGUAGAGUAAAGAGAUAUCAAGAGAGACUGUAACAUUUUGUGCGUAUGCAGGAAAUAUCGGAAGUCGGGCCCUUUGUCACGAACUUUGAGGUACUUCUCUGUGCUGAAUGCGAGUCAUUUCGUAACAGCAUAUCUCACUGUACUGACUUACCCAAAUAGAUCGAAGCAUUGAGCAAUACGAAGAAUACUUAUCUCAUUCUCUCUUGGCAAAUAUUUGACGUAUUUGAAUAUUAAACAAAGUUUCUCCGUGUAGACAGUGGAAGAAGGGAUUUCAAAUUUAGCAUUCAAGUAACAAGCUUGAGGGUGGUACAGCCGACGUUUUGCGGCCAUUGUAAAACGAAUUUGGAAGCAACUGAGAGACAUUAAUGAAGUUAUAGGUCUUUUGUGGAAAAAACCUUAUAAAUACUGUUUACAGCUUCACCUGUGCAACCAUUUCCUUUUAAGAGCUUCACCUGUGUAACCAUUUCCUUUUAAGUUGGUUAGUUCAUCUGGCUUUGUUUUUCCGUUGCCAUGAUAUUGAAUUUUAAAACUAGAGGGCCGAUAUUUCUAAACGAAGUUUCAUGGCAAAUUUCAAGUUGUGUCUUCUACGCGCUUAAAUAAUCACGUUUCUGUAAAACUUUUUUUAUUCUGGAAAUUUGUUUUCUUAAAAUAACUGUUACUGUAAAUCAUAACUAAUAACGAUAUUUAGGAGAUAAAUUAGGAACGAAUUAUACGAGGAAUUCUGAUUGUCAUUAGCAUUUAACACGGAGUCAUCAGUACAUAUAAGUACAUUCAAAAGCAAUGCGUUUCUUGUAAAUACUAUCGCGUAUGUAUCAAUUUGAAAUUACACACGAGAGGCCUAUAAACCGUUAGAGCCUUUUCUGCCUUUCUUCGUGAUAAAUGGUGCAAAUUCAUUUCAAGAGUUAACUCCAGUAGCACAUUCCUUCAAGUCCGACCCAAGGAAAAACACCUCCGGACAUGUGACCAACUAAGGAUUUCAACACGAAAAACUGGAUACUUAGAGUAAACAGUUCCGCAAAUGUAUUUUGUCACAAUUUUUCAUCAUUCUUCCAUCUCCCAGCCUCCUUUUAACUGGAUGUUCCUUGGCAGAGGUUAUGUACGUUGUCUCCCUUGCAUAAUUAUGCCAGGGUCUGAUAUAUGGCUAUUAUGCCUUGUUAUAUACUUCAACAUAUCACAGAUCAGCUGAUAACCUGUACUUGAAUCCUAUGCAAUGUGUUGUCAUUGAAUUUCGGAAAGAUUAGCCUUUAAAUUUAAUUCGUAAUGACAUCCUAAACACAAAUAUUAACAGAUCUCCAUUCAAAACAAAUUAAGGUCGUGGAGGACACAUUGGGCUCAUUGUUAUGCAUUUAUUUAAAGCCGGUAUACACGAAGUACAACGACUGAUAUCGAACAGGUUUACGAGAUGUUGCUUAUAUUCAUAACUGGAUAAAAGAUGAGCGCAUAAUUUAAAGUGUUCAUGUGCACUUGUGGCACGUAGGCUGCGAACAAAAUGUUGAUUCAAAAGUAACAAAAAGGCCCUGAAUCAAACCUUGUUUCAGUGAUCUUUAAUAGUAUGGAAUAAAAAUAAGGAAAUGUUUAGAAAUUUCAACCAAAUUUAAUACAAAAACUAGUUGUAUGUUUUUUUGUUUCGCCUCAAAAAUCCUUGAAAACAUUGCACCUUAUAAACAGAAUAAAAGCGUACCAUAAUUACAUAUUCGUGCUUUAGUUGGGACACCUUCAGGAGUCUCAAAAUUUGACUUUUCUGACAAUUUUGCGUCCAAGAAUUCAGCGCAGAUGCAAAACUUCACGAACUGGCAUUGCAGAGGGGUAAACUUUUGCAUUAUGAAUUUAUUUUUAGAGAUAUGCACCCCCCCCCCCGGCCACAAUUUGCGGUUCUUUAGUUCAUAGAAAAGCUUAGAAAAUACAAAUAAAAACAAAAACUUUUAAACUUUUAACUAGUUAGGAAGUGUAAAUAAGGUUUCCGGCAGUAAUACGCUUUCCUAUCUGUAUUAGAGAUGUAACUAAGGUAACAUAUACUGAACAUAUUUUUCACGCAGUUGUAAUUCUGACUUUGUUCAAUCUUAAUGCAUUAACUGUUGAUAUUGAUGAAUCAUACGAUGUUUUGCUCUCCAUCCGAAUUACUCCCGUGACAUUACAUAGAGAUCAUUAAGGCUAAAAGAGAAGAGAAGUUAACAAUAUUUUAAAUUAUUUUGCUUGAUAUUCAUGAAAAGAUGCCUUGUUUGUCAAACAAGAUGAUUUAAUUUUUCCGCAUUCCCUCCCAAUGAAAUCACCUGAUGAUCCAUUAGCGACAAAAGGGAAAUGACAUCAUGCCCACGCAAGAAAUUCACCUGAGAAACAGCUAACCAACCGUGCCAAUUAACGGGGCUGUGUCACGGCUGUCCAGUUGAUUUUGUUUAAUUUUGCCAGUUACUAUAGCCCUCAAUCGCUAUGGAACUUAAAGUAAGCAAAGAAAUUACUGGUAAAUGACACAAGCAGAGAUUCGAGACAAACAAAUAUGUCUCCUGAGCAUUAUUUUUGAAGUUACAAACAGCAGAGAUCAACUUUGAAAAAUUGUUAGGCUGAACUGUUUUCAAAAACCCUAAUUUCAAUCCGUUUCAGUCUUCUUCAGUUUUGCCCAUCCGUGGCAUCUGUUGUAUCUGUUGUGUUAUUUUAACCUUCCUUUAAUGUUUUACGUGGUUAUUUUUACGUUUCCCUUAAUUUAACGGGCAUUUUGUAAUUACUUAAUUUGGCUGAAUUUCGUGACAUAGCUCCUUUAAUAUAGCCUGCGUAGUAGGCGCUUUAAAGUAGUGGGCGCAAAAAUGAACGGGCGCGCGAGAGGGACUCGCGCGCCCGUCCUCUCUUGGGCCCACUACUUAAAAGCGCAGGCUAAUUAAACACAAAAUACAGUCAAACCGCGUUAAUACGGACAUUGACGGGGCCAUAGAAAGUGUCCGUAUUAACCCUUUUCGGACGGCUAGGGUCGUUUUAAUUUCGUCUCAUAUGGAGCGAUGCAUAUUUUCCUCCCUAGUACCAUUUACCGUUGAGUUCAAACUGUUAAGUUGUUAAGCAGCAACGUUAGCAAAGAUAGAUCACAAAUACCCCGCCUUUGCUAUUUCUAACCAAUCCUGACAGAGUUACAAAUAUAAAAACAAAUAACAUUUCGAGGAAAAUCCACUGCCAAUUGCGCUAUUUACCUACUACUCUUUGUAAAUUAAAUUUGUCCCUUUCCUAAAAAGCUAGCCAGCCACAAUUCCAUGUAAAAGAAAGACGAUAAAGUGGGCAGCAAAACUGAAAAUAGAAAAGAAAGGCAAAGGGAAAAAAGAGAGCUAGAAAGAAAAAAAGAAAUAAAUUCGUUAAGGUGCCUUAGGUGGGACAGCCUGUUAAGUGAGUGCAUAAGCGCACCUGCGUUAAGUGGUAUGGCGCAGUUGUUUACCUUAAUGUUCUUAUUACUUCGUUUGGCUGGUAAGUUUGUCAAAGAUCUUUAUACAUCUUAGCUUAUUGCGACUGAUUUUCAAACUGGAGCCCCACGCACUACAAAUUUUAAAAGUUCGUUUUAUUCAGUGUCAAUUUAGUCAACAAGGAAAAAAAAGCAAGGAGAGAGAAACUUGGACAUAACAGCUGGAAAUAUUGUUUGACAAAGCUUUCUACGCCGCACAGCACGAAUAAGAAUCCAGCCAAAAACAAUCGCUCGAGAAAACAAGGAUCUGUAAAGAAUUUCUGAUUUCUUUCAGGGCUGCACAGUUUUGUAACAAGCUUUUACAAAUUUGCCAAAACCCGAGUUGUGGAUAAUAAGAUCUCUGCAAUGCUCGGCACCCUCUUUCCACUAACUGUACAGCAAGUUGUUUUACUUUCCAGGGCAAUUUGUUCAUGAAAAUGAGAGAAACUAAGUUUACAGUGGGCUAAUUAUUUUUUUAUUUUCGUUAAUUAAGUAAGUGGAGCAGAACGACAUUAGCCCCGUUUCAGUUUUUUCACUCCUUUUUAACCUUUUGAGAAAAAAACUCGUUUCCUUGUCUAGAUUUGAGCCAAUGGCAUAAAAAUAGGUAAUAACCAACAGCAAAAUUGAAAAUGUUGCCCGAACAAGCGUUCAAGUAAGUCACUAAGGAAGUUACAGUUGCAUAGCACCAAUACAAGACAAUUCCUUUCAUAUCAGUAGAGUAAAGAGAUAUCAAGAGAGACUGUAACAUUUUGUGCGUAUGCAGGAAAUAUCGGAAGUCGGGCCCUUUGUCACGAACUUUGAGGUACUUCUCUGUGCUGAAUGCGAGUCAUUUUGUAACAGCAAUCUCACUGUACUGACUUACCCAAAUGGAUCGAAGCAUUGAGCAAUAAGAAGAAUACUUAUCUCAUUCUCUCUUGGCAAAUAUUUGACGUAUUUGAAAAUUGAACAAAGUUUCUCCGUGUAGACAGUGGAAGAAGGGAUUUUAAAUUUAGCAUUCAAGUAAGCAGCUUGAGGGUGGUACAGCCGACGUUUUGCGGCCAUUGUAAAACGAAUUUGGAAGCAACUGAGAGACAUUAAGGAAGUUAUAGGUCUUUUGUGGAAAAAACCUUAUAAAUACUGUUUACAGCUUCACCUGUGUAACCAUUUCCUUUUAAGAUGGUUAGUUCAUCUGGCUUUGUUUUUCUGUUGCCAUGAUAUUGAAUUUUAAAACCAGAGGGCCGAUAUUUCUAAACGAAGUUUCAUGGCAAAUUUCAAGUUGCGUCUUCUACGCGCUUAAAUAAUCACGUUUCUGUAAAACUUUUUGUAUUCUGGAAAUUUGUUUUCUUAAAAUAACUGUUACUGUAAAUCAUAACUAAUAACGAUAUUUAGGAGAUAAAUCAGGAACGAAUUAUACGAGGAAUUCUGAUUGUCAUUAGCAUUUAACACGGAGUUAUCAGUACAUAUAAGUACAUUCAAAAGCAAUGCGUUUCUUGUAAAUACUAUCGCGUAUGUAUCAAUUUGAAAUUACACACGAGACGCCUAUAAACCGUUAGAGCCUUUUCUGCCUUUUUUCGCGAUAAAUGGUGCAAAUUCAUUUCAAGAGCUAACUCUAGUAGCACAUUCCUUCAAGUCCGACCCAAGGAAAAACACCUCCGGACAUGUGACCAACUAAGGAUUUCAACACGAAAAACUGGAUACUUAGAGUAAACAGUUCCGCAAAUGUAAUUUGUCACAAUUUUUCAUCAUUCUUCCAUCUCCCAGCCUCCUUUUAACUGGAUGUUCCUUGGCAGAGGUUAUGUACGUUGUCUCCCUUGCAUAAUUAUGUCAGGGUCUGAUAUGUGGCUAUGAUGCCUUGUUAUAUACUUCAACAUAUCACAGAUCAGCUGAUAACCUGUACUUGAAUCCUAUGCAAUGCGUUGUCAUUGAAUUUCAGAAAGAUUAGCCUUUAAAUUUCGUAAUACAUCCUAUCAACAAUAAAUAUUUAACACAUCUCCAUUCGAAACAAAUUAAGGUCGCGGAGGACACAUUGGGCUCAUUGUUAUGCAUUUAUUUAAAGCCGGUAUACACGAAGUACAACGACUGAUAUCGAACAGGUUUACGAGAUGUUGCUGAUAUUCAUAACUGGAUAAAAGAUGAGCACAUAAUUUAAAGUGUUCAUGUGCACGUGUAGCACGUAGGCUGCGAACAAAAUGUUGAUUCAAAAGUAACAAAAAGGCCCUGAAUCAAACCUUGUUUCAGUGAUCUUUAAUAGUAUGGAAAUAAAAAUAAGGAAAUGUUUAGAAAUUUCAACCAAAUUUAAUACAAAAACUAUUUGUAUGUUUUUUUGUUUCGCCUCAAAAAUCCUUGAAAACAUUGCACCUUAUAAACAAAAUUAAAGCGUGGAAUGUAAACCAUAAUUACCAUAAUUACAUAUCUUAUGCUUGGAACUUUAGCUGGGACACCUUCAGGAGUCUCAAAUUUGACUUUUCCGACAAUUUUGCGUCCAAGAAUUCAGCGCAGAUGCAAAACUUCACGAGUUGGCACUGCAGAGGGGUUAACUUUUGCAUUAUGAAUUUAUUUUUAGAGAAAAUGGACUCCCUGCGGCCUUAACGGACACAUUUUGCGGUUCUUUAGUUCAUUAAAAAAGCUUAGAAAAUACAAAUAGAAAACAAAAACUUUUAAACUUUUAACUAGUUAGGAAGUGUACAUAAGGUUUCCGGCAGUAAUACGCUUCCCUAUUUGUAUCAGAGAUGUAGCUAAGGUAACAUAUACUGGACAUAUUUUUCACAGAGUUGUAACUCUGACUUUGUUCAAUCUUAUGCAUGGUUUCGAUGAUGAAGCACACUUCUACUUUAACUGUUGAUAUUGAUGAAUCAUACGAUGUUUUGCGCUCCAUUCGAAUUACUCCCGUGACAUUACAUAGAGAUCAUUAUGGCUAAAAGAGAAGAGAAGUAAACAAUAUUUUAAAUUAUUUUGCUUGAAAUAUUUAUGAAAAGAUGCGUUGUUUGUCAAACAAGAUGAUUUAAUUUUUCCGCAUUGCCUCCCAAUGAAAUCACCUGAUGAUCCAUUAGCGACAAAAGGGAAAUGAUAUCAUGCCCAUGCAAGAAAUUCACCUGGGAAACAGCUAACCAACCGUGCCAAUAGACCUUUUUACCGAUACGGCGGCCAUAUUGAAUUAAUUCGAUUUAAGGAGUAUUAUAGGAUGCUCAGGGGGCAUGAGCACAUUUCGUUUGUAUUUUCGAGCACUUUUUGGGACUUUUUUCUUAAAGUUUUCUUAGAAUAAGAUUGUAAUGGGAAAAAAGAUCCUUGUGCCGUGUUUGGAUGUAAUAAUGAUCGCCUUUUAACCGAGAAAUAUACAGUGAAAGACCAUAUUUCUAAUAGUAAACAAGAAAAUAGCGAUCAUUAUUACAUCCAAACACGGCACAAGGAUCUCUUUUCCCAUUACAAUCUUAUUGUAAGAAAACUUUAAGAAAAAAUGUCCUGAAAAGCGCUCAAAAAUACAAAAGAAAUGUGCUCAUGCCCCCUGGGCAUCCUAUACUACUCCUUAAAUCGAAUAAAUUCAAUAUGGCCGCCGUAUCGGUAAAAAGGUCUAUUGGCACGGUUGGUUAGUCGGCGCUUUAAAGUAGUGGGUGCAAAAAUGAACGGGCGCGCGAGAGGGACUCGCGCACCUGUCCUCUCUUGGGCCUACUACUUAAAAGCGCAGGCUAAUUAAACACAAAAUACAGUCAAACGCGUUAAUACGGACAUUGAGGGGGGCAUAGAAAGUGUCCGUAUUAACCCUUUUCGGACGGCUAGGGUCGUUUUAAUUUCGUCUCAUAUGGAACGAUGUAUAUUUUCCUCCCUAGUACCAUUUACCGUUGAGUUCAAACUGUGAAGUUGUUAAGCAGCAACGUUAGCAAAGAUAGAUCACCGAUACCCCGCCUUUGCAAUUUCUAACCAAUCCUGACAGAGUUACAAAUAUAAAACCAAAUAACAUUUCGGGGAAAAUCCACUGCCAAUUGCGUUAUUUACCUACUACUCUUUGUAGAUUAAAUUUGUGUCUUUCCUAAAAAGCUAGCCAGCCACAAUUCCAUGUAAAAGAAAGACGAUAAAGUGGGCAGCAAAACUGAAAAUAGAAAAGAAAGGCAAAGGGAAAAAAGAGAGCUAGAAAGAAAAAAAGAAAUAAAUUCGUUAACAAAAAAGGCUCAUGCGCAUGCGCGAAAAAAGAAAAAAGCCCUAACUGUUUCAAAACUCCGUUUUUGGCCAUUCCCAUGUUGAUUCAUCGAAAACCAGUCCAAACAAGAGGCAUUAGUGAAAAUGCAGUUUUUCCCCUACUCGCUUUUAAAAGGGUUAAGCGGAUACAUUUAGAGCAGGGACAAAGCAAACUGUUCGUAUUAAGAGGGUCAAGGCGGGCUUUGAUAGUUUAGGUUUUACUUGGCACGUCUAGCUCCUGAAGUUCUCCUUAUAAAAGUAUUAUUCUUGUUUUAAGACGUGUUAGGUCAGACUCCAUGCAAUAACUGGACCUCAGACAAAACCAGUUCAAAUGAACUUCCACCCAGUGGACUUCUGACACCACCCAGUGGCCUUCCCCAGCCACUACCAAGAGCACAACCUUUAAAAUAUAACCAGCUCUGAUUUUCUCCUUAUAAAAGUAUCAUACUUGUUUUACAGACGUGUUAGGUCAGAGUCCAACACCUGGACCUCGGUACAACCUAAAUCAGUCAGCUGAAUACCACUUGAGGAAGGUCCUUUUGGGGCAGUACGACAAAAUGGUCCGCCCGGUAUUAAAACCAUCUGAUGUGAUCAAUGUCACCUUUAUUGUGGACUUCAAGGCACUAAGCUCAGUGGUAAUUGCUGAAUGUAACUGAUGUAUUUUUCAGGCCUAGCACUAUACAUGUUUACACUCACAGUUGCAAAUCUGUUCAUAAUGCAGUGCAAUACAAUACAUAUUGUAAAAGGUUUUAGGACGAAACAGGCAAAGGCUGGACAUUCAGAUUUCACAUAGCAUCGAAACACUCGAGACAAUGGUGGUUAAAAAAGCAUUCUUAAGGCAUUGCAUGUAUGUAUGCUAACUAACUAAGGACUUACAUAAGCAGAUAGUUAGACAGAUGGACUGUUCCAGCCGCGAUUUUCGCUUGCAUUAUUUCUCCACCGAGCUCUAAUCAGCAGUCUGAAAGCCUGAAACUAGAUUCUGAAGAAAUCCUCUGAUAUUUGAUCUAUACAUGUACAUAAGAAAAUAGCAACUUUGGUUUAUUUUUCCAGGACAGUAAAGACCAAAUUAUUACAACAGACACUGAGAUAACCCAGGUAAAUCAGUAUAAAAUUAGUUGGGUUUUAUUUGUUACACUGAUUUGUGCAAGUUUUUGGCUUAAUAUACAGUAGUGCACAUAUGACAGCUCCUGCCAACAGAAACGAACUGAUGAAAACUGACGAAAAAGAAAAUUCUUCCCCUGAAAACCUGACUCAAAUGCAUGAGCUGUAUAUACAACUGCGCCGACAUAAAUGUAGUAGUGCUUGCUGUUCCCUCUAGAGAGGUAUAUGAUGUGUAGAAUUAUUCGUGUUGGAAUCGAUCAUGCAACUCUGGAGGACACCAGUUUCAUUGUACACAUUAUGCCAAUCCAGUCUCGCCGCCAAUCAUAUUGACGUCCCUACUAGGUUUUCACAUUUUUUACUGAAAACCAAACCAUCUCAUCAGUAUCUUCCCUCUUUUUCCAGAUGUGGACUAAUCCGUUCCUUCAGUGGAAUCCUGAAGAUUAUGAAGGGAUAGACCGUAUUCUUGUAGACCCACGGACCAUAUGGGUACCUGAUAUUGUUCUCGAGAACAAGUUAGUUUAUUUGUACUUUUUACUGAGAGGUAUAGCUUGAGAUGAUAUAAGUAUUCAGGUAUCCACACUCUCACUCAUUCACUCACUAAAGCUCUUCAUCCCGGAUGGGACAUGUGUCGAUAUUGUAUGGUUGCUUAGUAACGCUAGCGACAUGCGCAUUAGGGCUCGAAGGCUCUUACCAUGUACUCUUGCCAAAUAGCGGACUCUGUACAUCAGGUUUCUUUGUUAUAUGUGAUUAAAUCCUGUAGAGAUUUCAAGACAGGACAUAAGGCCACAAUCAAACGUCGCCACUCUACCCUGUCUUGAGAUUCGGCCUGCGCUUCAUUCCAUGUUAGACCCAACUCCUCUAGCUCUAUCAUCACUGUUCUUCGCCAGGUGGCUUUUAGCAAGCCUCUUUUCGACCUCCCAUUUUUCAACUACCCACUUAGAGACACUAACAGACCUUGAAAAGAGUUCCACUGAUUUACGACGACUAGUUCAGUAAAAUUAUAUGGUCCCUUAAUGUAAGGUAUUGUCUAAUGUCUCAGGGAUAUCUAUAGUCAGGUAAUUUACUUUAUUGGGUUGCCGAGGUUAUCUUGUUUAAUUUUUAAAAAAGUCCCUUGAACUGUUUCUUACAGUGCUGAUAGUCAGAUCCUUCAAGCAGGACACGUGGAGAAAUUUCACACCUAUGUGCUGGUGCGAAGUGAUGGCGAGAAUACGUGGAUUUCUCCAUCGACCUUCAAAAGCCCGUGUGAACUCAAUGUGAAGUUUUUUCCAUUUGACAAACAGCAAUGCAAUAUGAAAUUUCGCUCCCUGGCAGCUGAUCGCUCUCUUAUGGACAUUAUCUCAACAACUACAGAAAGCGAGGAUCCAGAAAAAGGUAUUAUGUUAUUGGUCAUGGUGCAGAAUGCGACAUACUCCAAACAAGUAAGACCAAAGAAAUACAGGCUGGGAAUCUGCGUUUUCUUUCUAAAAGCUUAGGGCUAUGUCUAACUUUACUGGAAUUAGUACGUUCGCAUAGAGUAGUUAAGUGGUUAUAUGACGUCCUGAUCCUGUAAGAUCACUGAUUAUUAUACGAUAUUUUUUAUGAUUUAAUAAUCAAACAAAGGUGGUCAAUCAGGUCAAUCAUAUCCUCUUUUCUUGUUUAGAUCUAAAACUCACGUCGUCAAAUGGUUACUGGACCCUGAGGAGCCUUGUCAUAAAAAUGACCAACUACGAUGAGAAGAAGGACCCAAACAGACAAUUUCCAGAAGUCAUUGUGUCGUUUUUCAUCGGACGCAAACCUAUGUUUUUCGUGCUGUUCACCCUUGUGCCCUGUAUGAUCAUCGGCAUGCUAAUUCUCGUCAGCUUCUUCAUUCCAGCAGAAAGUGGUGAGCGUAUCGGUCUGUGUGCCACCAUUCUCUUGGCUGUUAGUGUGUACCUCCUGGUUAUAACUGAUCAGCUGCCUGAGCAGUCAGACACUCUACCGCUGAUUGGCGUAUACUAUAUUGUAAUCAUGUUUGAAAUCGGGUUGGCGCUGGCCGCUACCGUCCUCGUACUAAUGGCUCACCACGCUACAUCCAAGCCGCCCAAAUUGUUGACAUACUUAACAGGUAAAUAUAGUCUUCGUUUUAAUACCAGAUAAAUCUAAAGACAGCAUUGGAUAUCAAUAACUUUGGCACCGGGCGCAAUUAAAAUCAUGAGUAUAGCUCUUACGUGGUUGUCUGCUCUGGUACCGACAACUUUACCAAAAUAUGAUGUGCGAAGAAUAAAACAGCUGAAAACAGCUGCUGAAGACGACGGCUACUGUCAAAGGUCCGUCACUAAUUAUGCUCUCAAACUUCAGCUUUAACCCCUUUUUAAUUACCAAUUGACCUUAAUGACGCAUUUAUUAAAAUAAUUUUGGUGUGGGAGUCCUCCUAAACGCAGCUCACAUUUUCUUUAGAACUCAGGUCUUUAUCCAUUAUUGUUAUGAGUGUUUAGAUCCAGCCACCCAAACUCACCUUUAGCAUGCACAUGGUAUUCACACUCUGACUGCUAUCUCUAGUCGUCUCUCGUUCUUAUGGGUACGAGGGGAUCGAGAGUCAAGGGAGACUGGCAGGAAGACGGUGGUAAUUGGAGGAAAGAAGAGCCCAAGGCCAUCACCUCUCGAGCGCUUCUUUCGUUAAUAAAAAGAUUUAGAAUCACGUUUACGGCAAACGGCAAACGGCAGAUUGAUGUUCAGAAUUUCUCGAAAUAAAAAGAUAAAAGACAUGCGUGAAACGUGACUGUAAAUCUCUCUAAUCUUUAAAAGUCAGAUGCAUAAUUAACCCACCUGAAAUAAAGGGAUCAUCACACGUUUCUGGGAAUCUGCCCCACCUACUCCUCCCCUAAGCCAACAUUAACACUUACUUCUCACUCAGGGCAAAAUGUUGGCUUAGGGGAGGGGUCUAACAAGGCAUCUAACUGUAUUUUUUUUCUUCAGUAUUGAACGGAAUUGUCUGCUCUCCCAAAAGUUGCCGAAGGUUUAUAUCAAAGAAAAGAUCCAAGGAUAUUCCUCCCUCACCACCUGCGUCUGCAAAACCUAUAGUGGUCAACCCUGGAGUUGAAUCAACAAAUAUUGACCUGGAGUUAGCAGUCACAACGGAGAACAACGAUGAAAAACAAGACGAACGGCGUUCAAAUGCAGGUUCAAUCACUUGUGUCAAUGAAGUCGACGAAGACGAGGAAAAUCAAGAAAUGUGGAAACAGAUUGGUCGCGCGUUAGAUCGCCUUUUCUUCUGGGUGUUUUUGGCUAUGUUUACGUUGUCCACGCUUGUAAUUUACGGACAAGCGGGUCGUCUCGGUUCAUCGGAUACUUUUAAGUUCUAA